GGAUCCGGAUCCGGAUCCGGAUCUUAAUCCAACUAAAACGGAGCGAAUCAAAAUACAGCAUAUCGUUUCCAUGCUCAUCCCUUGUCAAUGUCGAUGCUUCACUAGUAGACAAACGGCGGAGCACGACUCUCUCACCGGCGAAGAACAAACUUUUACCGGCGACGGGAGCGUUUCUGCUUCUCUGUUCCUCUCAUAGACGAAAAAUUCUCUGGGUUUACUCUAAGGAAGGACGAAGAUCCCUUACUCUGACUACGAGUGUCUCUUCACCUUAUUGCUGCUGCAACCAUGGCGCAAGAUUCUGCUGACUGGAACAGCGAUGAUGAUUUGGAUUUGCAGAUUGAUAACUACCAGUCAUCUCCACCGUCAUCCCCACCGGCGGCAGUCCCUUCUUCCGAUGAGCUGUUUGCUACGCUGGUUGACAUGGGGUUCUCUCCUGAGAAUAUUGCUAGAGCAAUCGAUGAACAUGGACCAAAUGCAGAUACUGUGGUGAUUAUUGAUGCUAUCUCCAAAUACACCGUUAACUGUGAAGCUAGUUCUUCCAAGUCCAAGACUAUUGAUCAUUUCCUUGCUAUGGGAUUUGAAGAAGAGAAAGUUAUCAAAGCCAUUCAUGAGCAUGGAGAAGACAAUAUUGAAGAGAUAGCAAAUGCACUCAUCUCCUCGGCAGCAGAGGAAUCGCCUAAAAUCAAAGAAGAAGAGGACAUUGAGUGGUCUGAAAGCGAUGAUGAGAAGUAUGCCAAUUUUCUCAGCUCAGAUGAUGAGAAAGUUUCAGACUCCUCCUCUGAAAACGGCAAUCAAUUGCGGUCUUUAAUGAACAUGGGAUUCUCGGAGUUGGAAGCUUCUCUUGCUAUAGAGAGAUGUGGUACUGGAGAGGAUGUGAGCAUUGCAGAUCUCGCAGACUUCAUUUGUGCCGCUCAGAUUGCUCGAGAGUUCGAUGAGUUUCAUGCUGACCCUGAAGAACAAAAGCCUAAUGUCAAAAAGAGACGGAUAGAGCCAAGAAGAGAGCCGAGGUCAUCUGCUGCUGAUGACGAGCCCCUUCGUCUGCCAAAUCCGAUGAUUGGAUUUGGCGUUCCAAACGAGCCAGGACUCAUCACGCAGAGAUCUCUUCCAGCCAUGGCUCGAAUGCCUCCAUUUUUCUACUACGAGAACGUCGCCCUUGCUCCCAAAGGCGUGUGGGACACCAUUUCUAGUCACUUGUACGACGUUCCACCGGAGUUUGUGGAUUCGAAAUAUAUUUGUGCAGCAGCGAGGAAACGAGGAUACGUGCACAACCUCCCCAUCAGUGGAAGGUAUCAGGUCCAGCCUCCUCCGAAGUACACGAUCAGCGAGGCGUUUCCGCUGACCAAGAAGUGGUGGCCAGAGUGGGACAAGAGAACAAAGCUCAACUGCAUCCUGACGGUGAACGCUAGUGCUCAGCUGACGAACAGGAUCCGGUUAGCACUUGAGCCUUAUGGUGGAGAACCACCUGAGAGUAAGAAGAAGUAUGUCAUUGAGCAGUGCAAGAAGUGGAAUCUGGUGUGGGUGGGAAAGAACAAAGCUGCGCCGCUUGAACCAGAUGAAAUGGAGACUCUUCUUGGAUUUCCAAGAAACCAUACACGAGGCGGUGGCAUGAGUAGGACCGAGCGUCUGAAGUCACUCGGCAACUCUUUUCAGGUGGAUACCGUUGCGUAUCACCUCUCUGUCUUGAAACCAUUGUUUCCAUAUGGUAUCAACGUUCUGUCCCUGUUCACUGGAAUUGGCGGUGGAGAAGUGGCGCUCCACCGUCUCCAGAUUCCAAUGAAGACCGUCGUUUCGGUGGAGAUCUCAGCAGUGAACAGAAACAUUCUCAAGGACUUCUGGGAGCAAACCAACCAGAAAGGAACCCUGAUAGAGUUUGCAGACGUGCAAGACCUGAGUAACGAGAAGAUCGUGGAGUUGAUGAAGCAGUUUGGUGGGUUUGAUCUAGUGAUCGGAGGUAGCCCCUGCAACAACCUCGCUGGUGGUAACAGAGUGAGCAGGAGUGGUCUUGAAGGUGAUCAGUCCUGUUUGUUCUAUGAGUAUUGUCGGAUUCUCGAUGUGGUGCGAGAAACAACAAAGACGAUGAGAAGAUCCUAGGCAGUGGGAGGUUGAGAUAGUUUCUUAUAACAUAAGUUGUGCAGACAAUCUGUGUCUUGUUUGGUUCUUACUUAGCAGACCUUGAAUGUAGUGACUCUCAUUUGGAUUCUGCUAAGCUUUGAGGAUAACUCAGCUUUAAAUAAUUACAUAAUUA